UUUAAGAACCUUAACAAGCACUGACCUCAGUGCACUAACGACACACCUCCCAUUUUCUCUCUCUCACUUAGAACCCCAACAGCCAACGAUGCAUCAUCUAAUUCUACUCUUGGUGGUCUUUAAUCUGCUGCUAGUGUUCGCAGCAAGAAUCGCAUACUCAAUCAUUUGGGUCCCAUGGAUCAUUGCACGUCACUUUCAUAAACAAGGCAUAAGGGGUCCCUCCUACCGUCCGAUCAAAGGGAACGCGGAAGAGAUUCGAAGUAUGUUCGCGGAAGUUCAAUCAAAGCCAAUGGCUUUAUGCCACGACACCCUUCAGCGCGUGUGUCCAUUCUAUCACAGGUGGUCUCCCAUGUAUGGGAAAACUGUUCUUUAUUGGCACGGGUCGAAACCCAGGCUAGUCAUAUCCGACCCGGAUAUCAUUAAGGAGGUCCUUUUGAAAACGGGUGAAUGGUUCGAGAGGAUGGACACAAAUCCCUCGGUGAAACAGUUCUUUGGAAAAGGAAUACUCACUUCAAAAGGUGAGUCAUGGGCUACUCAUAGAAUGAUCGCUAACCAGGCUUUUAAAGUGGAGCAAGUUAAGUCUUGGAUUCCAGAAAUUAUAGACAGCACGAAAUUGAUGUUUUACAAGUGGGAAAACGAGAAUAGAGGCGAUGGUGAAUUUGAGAUUGAAGUAAAUAGAGAUGUCCAUGAUCUUUCAGCUGAUAUUAUAUCCAGAGUCGCUUUUGGAAGCAGCUAUCAAGAAGGAAAAGAGAUUUUCGAAUUACAAGAACAACAUUGCAAGCUAGUUUUCCUUGCCUCAAGAAGUGUUUAUAUUCCUGGGUUCAGGUUUUUACCUACCAAGAAGAAUAGAGAAAGAAAGAGACUAGAGAAGAAAACCCGUGAAUUAAUUCGAGUGUUGAUUGAGGAUAGCCAUAAAGCACUAAAAAAUUCAGAUAAUUUGCUUUCUUUGUUGAUUUCUUCUCACAAAUCUUUCAACAAUGAGACACAAACAUUAGGGUUGGACGAGAUAAUAGAUGACUGUAAAAAUUUCUAUAUGGCGGGAAAGGAAACAAAUGCGAAUUCAAUAAGUUGGGCACUCUUCCUUUUAGGGCUGAAUCAAGAAUGGCAAAGCAAGGCACGUGAGGAGGUACUUCGUGUUUUAGGACCUCAUACUCCCCCAACCGCAGAAACAUUAAGUGACUUGAAAUUUGCGAGUUUGAUAAUUCAAGAAACACUUAGACUCUACGCUAUGCCAGGUUCAAUAGUGAGGCAAGCAAGUAAAAGAGUUAAGCUUGGGAACAUUGAUGUUCCUGCUGGUACACAAUUAUAUUUGUCUAUCACUGCACUUCAUCAUGAUACUGAGUUAUGGGGAGAAGAUGCUCUUGAAUUCAAUCCUAUGAGAUUUACUGAGCCGAGAAAGCAUUCAGCUUCGUAUUUUCCCUUUGGAUUGGGCCCCUACAAUUGUGUGGGUCAAAAUUUAGCUUUGAUUGAAAUGAAGAUUGUUCUAGCCAUGAUCUUACAAAGAUAUUCUUUUGCUCUUUCGCCAACAUAUGCUCAUGGACCGAUCUUGUUGAUGGGUGUGUCUCCUCAAUAUGGCAUGCAAAUUGUCUUUAGGAGAUUGUGA